AUGCGGUUCGCUCUUCUUGCUGGCCUGGCCUCCCUGGUCUCAUCCGUCACCGCAACAGCCCUCACCUACAGACUCGAGGCGAACGAGAAAGCAUGCUUCUACACAAAGGUUGACCAGACCAACGCCAAGAUAGCCUUCUAUUUCGCGGUCCAAUCCGGCGGUUCCUUCGAUGUCGACUACUCCGUCGCCGCACCGGGCGGCAAGAUCGUUUUAGAUGGAACAAAGGAACGACAGGGUGACUUCGUCUUCACUGCACAGAGUCUUGGUGAAUAUACCUUCUGCUUCAACAACGAGAUGUCCACUUUCGCCGAGAAGAUGGUCGAUUUCGAGAUUGCGGUUGAGAACGAGCAGCGCGCCCAACUCCCCUCUCGCCAGGGUGCCAGCCCCGAACAAACCAGCAGCUUGGAGGAGUCCAUCUACAAGCUCUCCGCUCAGCUCUCAACUGUCUCCCGCAACCAGAAAUACUUCCGCACCCGAGAGAACCGAAACUUCAGUACUGUACGCAGUACCGAGCGUCGGAUCUUUAACUUCAGUGUGAUUGAGUCAUUGAUGAUGGUUUCCAUGGCCGCGUUGCAGGUCUUCGUUGUGCGCUUCUUCUUCCAGGGCGCUCGGAAAGGUUACGUGUGA